UUUCAUGGCAGGAACGAAGCGGAGAAACAGUGCAAUGAAGUGGAUGCGGAGGGUGCCGAAGGGCACAGCGAGAAGUUCAUGGUCGAUGAUGACGAUGAUGAUCAUGACGAUGGCAAUGAUGGCUGAAAGUGUUCCCAUCAAGCCUGAGUCUCAUCCUAUCGAGGGCUACCAAGUCGUGGCGAGUACGCGUGGGUACACGUUAGCAGAGAAGCCUGUGUCUGGGCUAUGCGAUGUAGUGAAGCAAUACGCCGGCUACUUUAACGUCACCACCGCCACGAAGAUGUACUUCUUUUGGUUCUUUGAGUCUCGCAGCAAGCCUGCAACCGAUCCCGUCAUCCUCUGGAUGACCGGAGGGCCUGGCUGCUCCAGCGCGAUUGCGCUGUUCAGGGAGAAUGGACCCUGUACCAUCCAAGACGACCUUACAACCAAGAAGAAUCCUUUCUCAUGGAACAGCAAUGCCUCAAUCCUGUAUAUAGACCAGCCAGCAGGAACGGGCUUCUCUUAUGGUGAAGACUCGGAUUUUGAUCAUAAUGAGGAGGAAGUUUCGCGGGACAUGUACAAUUUUCUUCAGGCGUUCUUUUCUGCGCACAAAAAUUAUGUCAAGAAUGAUUUCUUCAUCUUUGGCGAGUCAUACGGCGGACAUUUCGUGCCAGCGACUGCCUAUCAAGUUUUCAAGGGGAUGCAGGACAAGAGGGACAUCCCGUUGAAGCUCAAAGGAGUCGGAGUUGGAAACGGCUUGACUGCGCCUGAGAUUCAAUAUCAGUAUUAUGCUGAGUAUGCCGUGAAAAAUCCCGUGCAUCCUCUCGUGAGCAAGCCUGAAGAGCUCGCCAUGCGAGCUGCCGCAAGCGUCUGUGUAGCAAACAUCCAGUUGUGUCAGAGCAAGGACGCAUUCUGCGAGACAGCCUUUGCUAUCUGUGGACUGUCCCAGGUCAGCCCAGUUCAGAUGACAGGGAUCAACCUCUACGAUGUCAGGCAGAGGUGCGAGACGCCGCCCCUUUGCUACGAUUUCUCAAACAUCAACAAGUUCUUCCAGCUCCCCAAGGUUCUGAACGAGCUGGGGACUGGCCCACACUUGUGGAAGGAGUGCAACUUCAAGGUGAACUCAGCAUUCCACAGUGACUGGAUGCACCAUUUCCAGACCGUCUUCCCUGAGAUGCUGGAUGCCGGUGUAAGGGUUCUCAUCUAUGCGGGCGAGAUGGACUAUAUCUGCAACUACUUGGGUAACAAGGCAUGGGCUCUGCGGCUGCCAUGGAGCGGACAUGACGCUUUCAAUGCGGAGGGUGAUCACGAAUGGAUGGUGGGAGGAAGUAAAGCGGGCCUUGCGAGAACUGUGGAUGGCUUCACUUUCCUUCAGGUUUAUAAUGCAGGACACAUGGUCCCACUCGAUCAGCCGGCCAAUUCACUUGCAAUGCUGAGCACUUUCCUAGCUGGUGGAUCGUUUUACUCUCCUUCUCGUAAGGCCUAAGCCGGGAAAUCGCAUGCCGCUUGAAUAACUGAGUAACUUCGGAGCUGCGCAACUUAAAGGCUCGCCGGGUCAGGCUUAAGGCUCGGUCAGGAACGGCUUGUUUGUAAGCCUUAAAAAACUUGCCACUUGCCAGUGAUAGUACGUACUACCAUUACCGUAGCCUGCCGCGAUGCGGACUCUCUGAGUCCGUCCGACCGUCACAGAACUUCCGAAUUCCGAAGUUCGGAACGGUCCAGGAGUCCGGGAGCAGCCCGGCCCGGGCCGCGCUCAGUCGAGUCCGCCGAACGGGCCCGGCGAUCGGAACCGGCAAGUUUGAAUUUCAAGUUCCCUUACUAUUAUAUAUUAUUGAAAUUUUCUGGCGC